AUGGAGAAAUUGACUGUCUCAUCGUUAACCUUCAAUUGCUGGCUCCUGUUCUUCUUGGCCACGGCUGCUCAUGGCACUGCUGACUUGACCUUGCUUAGAGUGCAGGAAAACCUGUCCAACAAUACCCUUGUUGGUACGUUCAGUACCAACCCAGUUAAUAUAUACUGGACUGCGGCUGACAAAAAUUUGAUUGAGAAAAUGUUCAAGAUUAACACGACUGCUGGCACCGUUCGAACCAGGGUCCCCCUCGACAGAGAAGAACACAGUUCAUAUGAGUUUACUGUCUUAGCAAUGACCAAACAGUUUACAGUAAAGAUUGAAGUUUUAGAUGUAAAUGAUAAUGACCCUGUGUUUCAUCCAAAUUUCUUGUCAAAACGUCUCUCCGAGACAGCCUCUGAUAUGAAGAUACCCUUAGGAAGCGUGUCUGACAGUGACAUCGGGAAGAAUAGUAUAAGUGGCUGUGAAAUUGUCUCUGGUAAUACAGAUAAUGUUUUUAGACUCAUAACCAAAGUCACAAACCAAAGACUUUUGCUUGAUCUGGCUGUAAAUCGAAAACUAGAUUAUGAACGUACACCAUUCUAUAGUUUGGUUCUUAGAGCGUUUGACGGCGGUGAUAAGCCACGCUCUUCUUAUUUGACAUUGAAUAUUAGUAUAAUUGACAGCAAUGACAAUUAUCCAAUGUUCCCUAUGAGUCUAUACAAUGCAACAGUAAUGGAAAAUGCCACUGUUAGAACAAGCAUCCUUCGUGUGUCGGCUACAGACUCUGAUUCCGGAGAGAAUGGCAAGAUCCGUUUUUCAAUUGACCACAAAUCUGACUUGGAGGAGCACUUUGCCAUUCACCCAGUCACCGGUGUUAUAAGCUUACAAAAGCCUGUGGACUAUGAAAGCAGGAAAGUCUAUGACUUGAUUGUUAUAGCUACAGAUAACGGCUCCGAACCUCUAGCAUCUCAGGCCGCUGUCUCUAUAUCGGUUUUGAAUAUUAACGAGCACCCACCUGAUAUUCAUUUAACCUUUCUUACCGGCAAUGAGACAGUUGGCCGGAUCUCGGAAGGAGCCAAACCAGGGGACUACGUAGCCCGAAUAUCUGUCAGUGAUCCAGAUGCUGCCCUCCAAGCCGACGGCAACGUCAAUAUAAACAUUUCUCUCAUUGGAGGAGAUGGUCGUUUCAAUCUGACGACCAAAGACAGCAUUGUGUACUUGGUAUUAGUUCAGAUGCCACUGGACCGUGAGCUUAAACCAUUUUACAACCUGACUGUGAUCGCAAGAGACUCGGGUUCUCCCCCUUUAGAAAGUCGUCUGUCGUUUCUUUUAAGAGUUGACGAUAUAAAUGACAACAAACCAAAUUUCACUCGAGCCGUUUAUCAUGCAGAAGUACAGGAAUCGGUGCAGAAAGGAGUGUCCGUGAUCCAGGUUCAUGCAGAAGACAAAGACGAAGGCAACAAUUCCACUAUUACAUAUUCAAUCCUGCAUACACCGGAGACUAAUUCCAAUUGGUUCACAAUAAAUUCUCGCAAUGGACUCAUCACCACCAAUGCCAAAGUUGACUGCGAGACAAAUUCGCAGCCUCGGAUUACCGUCCAAGCUGUUGAUGGCGGCAUUCCUCCAAUGUCUGCCACGGCAUUAGUGAUUGUUACCAUUCGUGAUAUCAAUGACAACCAACCCAGUUUCACACAUAGUUAUUACAAUGUCUCAAUCCCAGAAAAUUCAACCGUCAACACCUGCAUUCUUACGUUCCAGUAA